CCCGCACCUCAUUCCAGAAGUAUUUGCCGCCGUAGUUUAUUUUUCUUCAAAUCACUUUCUCUAGUUGCAUUUCGCUUUCUCUCCUUUAUUUAUUUAUUUAUUGCAAUAGAUAAAUCUGCCUUUGCUCUCAUCUCUCCCGUCCCGUGUAUCGUCGGCUUUAAAAGGACGAAGAGCUAAAACCCUCUCCACCACCCAUAUCCGCUUCCUUCAUCUCGAGCAUCCCCUAUCUCCGUCGUCGUCGCUCCUCAACUCGCCAUGGGCAAAAUUAAGAUCGGAAUCAACGGUUUCGGAAGGAUCGGCAGGCUCGUGGCCAGGGUCGCGCUUCAGAGCGAGGAUGUCGAGCUGGUCGCCGUCAACGACCCCUUCAUCACCACGGACUACAUGACCUACAUGUUCAAGUAUGACACGGUGCACGGCCACUGGAAGCACAGUGACAUCACCCUCAAGGACUCCAAGACCCUUCUCUUCGGUCAGAAGCCGGUCACCGUCUUUGGCAUCAGGAACCCUGAGGAGAUCCCGUGGGGCGAGGCUGGUGCUGACUAUGUCGUGGAGUCCACUGGUGUCUUCACUGACAAGGAUAAGGCUGCGGCUCACUUGAAGGGUGGUGCCAAGAAAGUUGUUAUCUCUGCCCCAAGCAAAGAUGCGCCCAUGUUCGUUGUUGGUGUCAACGAGGACAAGUACACCUCAGAUAUUAACAUUGUUUCCAAUGCUAGCUGCACAACAAACUGCCUGGCUCCCCUUGCCAAGGUCAUCCAUGACAACUUUGGUAUCAUCGAGGGUCUGAUGACAACUGUUCAUGCCAUCACUGCCACCCAGAAGACUGUUGAUGGACCCUCAGCCAAGGACUGGAGAGGUGGCAGGGCUGCUAGCUUUAACAUCAUCCCCAGCAGCACUGGAGCUGCCAAGGCUGUUGGUAAGGUUCUUCCUGAUUUGAAUGGCAAGCUCACUGGUAUGUCCUUCCGGGUUCCCACCGUGGAUGUGUCAGUUGUUGACCUUACUGUCAGAAUCGAGAAGGGUGCCUCCUAUGAGGAUAUCAAGAAAGCUAUUAAGGCUGCUUCUGAGGGCCCACUCAAGGGUAUCAUGGGCUACGUGGAGGAGGAUUUGGUUUCCACAGACUUCGUUGGUGACAGCAGGUCGAGCAUCUUUGAUGCCAAGGCUGGUAUUGCCCUGAACGACAACUUCAUCAAGCUUGUCUCGUGGUACGACAACGAGUGGGGCUACAGCAACCGUGUUGUCGACCUGAUCCGCCACAUGUUCAAGACCCAGUAGAGAUUUUUCUGCUUUCCAUAGCAUCCCAAUGGCCUUGGUCGCUGUCCAUCCCGCUGCUUGUCUAUGCUGAGAAUAAAUGUGAAUGGUGCCUCUGGACGCCCGCUCCAUGCUGGGUCUGAACAUGUUUUGUGUUUCCAUUUCUGCUACCAUCCUGUAACAAAUUCACUAAUAUGGGACCUGAGUUUAGUUUUUUGCUUGUGAAGAAUAUAAACAGUGGGGUUGCAAUUUUGCUGUGCUGGUUUGGUUGCAUAGAUGAGCUGGUCUUUGGGAAUAAUAGUUUCUUGAUUCGUCA